GGCUUUUUCAAGGUCACACAUCAGGUUAGUGGCAGAGGUGGAAGCAAUGCGGGCGACUGCAGGCUCCCAGAGGUGUGUUCCUUCCCCUGCCCGUGCUCCUUGCGGCUGCCUUGCAGUUUGCUGCUCUCCUGGGGGCAAGACCGGCUGCCUGGUGCUUGGUGAUGGACGGCACCCGUUUGGAAAUUGAUUAAAGAAUCUCCAUAGAAUUUAAUAUGGCAUCAAAGCAGUCAUGUCCCUCAACAGAGGAACAGGCUUCCUCCGAAAUAGAUGAUCUGUAUCUGUCGCUGCAAGUGCAGAGAGAGUGUACACAGAAGAAAACCUUCACUAGCUGGAUAAAUUCAAUAUUGGCAAAGCAUACACCUCCUUCUGUUAUCUCAGACCUGUAUACAGACAUACGGCAAGGGCAUUUGCUUUUGGAUCUGUUGGAAGUGCUUUCAGGUCAACAUCUGCCACGGGAAAAAGGAUUUAAUACCUUCCAGUGCAGAAGUAACAUAGAAAAUGCUUUGACAUUUUUAAAGAGCAGAUCACUCAAGCUCAUAAAUAUUCAUGUUGCUGACAUUAUUGAAGGAAAACCUUCCAUUGUGCUUGGCCUAAUUUGGACAAUUAUAUUUCAUUUUCAUAUUGAAGAACUGACCCAGACACUUGCUUGUACUUACAAUCAGCCUUCACUUGAUUGUUCAAGUACUGUUGACUCCUCUCCAAAGGCAAGCCGAUCAGUUAAAAAAAGUGCUAAAAUUAAGGAACGGUGGAAGAUCUCUGCUACAAAGGCUCUUUUGUUAUGGGCAAAAGAACAGUGUUCACUGCACGGCUCUAUCAAUGUGACUGAUUUCAAGUCAAGCUGGCGAAGUGGACUGCCUUUUUUAGCCAUCAUCCAAACCUUACGACCAGGUCUAGUUGAUUUGGAGAAGGCAAAAGCUAGAAGCAAUAAAGAAAACCUGAAAGAGGCUUUCAGAAUUGCAGAAGUGGAGCUGAAUAUUCCACGGCUUCUUGAACCUGAAGAUGUUGACAUUAUGAAUCCAGAUGAAAAAUCAAUCAUGACUUAUGUGGCUCAGUUUUUGCAAUACUCCAGGAAUUCGCAUGAGUCUGAAGAAGACAUGCAGGAAAAAGUAAGAGAGGCCAUGAGCUGGUUGGCUGCACAGGAGGAGAAGUUAGCAAAGUUGCUGAUCGACACAGAGAAUGAAGCAUAUUACCAAAAGUACAAAGAAAUGAUGUCAUUUAUGGAAGCAUUUAACCAAGAAAAAAAACCCUUUCUGCCUGUGUUGUCAUCCAGAAGUGAAGCUAGGCUGAGAGAAAGCCAGCAGCAGAUGAGAGAAGAGUGGGAUAAACUGAUCUCUCAGAUUAAUGAAUGGAAAGCAAAGCUGGACCAGAUGUUGCCCUCCCCCCUGGAUAACAUUGAGGCUUGGCUUCAGGAGGUAGAACAUCUGCAGUCAGAAGAUUUGCCUGAUUUGCAGGACCCAUUUAAAGCAAUGUUUGUCUUCAGAGAAAUAAUUGUAAUAUUUAAGGGCUUGAUGGAUUGUUUUGAUUCUCAUUUGGACACCCUUCAAUCAUUUAAGAAUGAAGAUGAGAAGAAUAUGCCACUAGUCUUUCCUGAAAAGUUAGAGGAAAUGAAAAGAAGAUUCAGCAAUAUUCAUUUCACGAACUCCAACACCUUCCUCGAAUACCACUAUGGACUGUGCUCAGCUAUUGCCAAUGAGGUGAUGUUAAAGCUAAAUAUCUGGGACAUGAAAUAUGGGACAAAAGAGUCUGUGGAAUCACUGCUGGAAAAUUGGAAUAAUUUCAUUGAAGAAAAGAGACUUGAAACACAACUAGAAACUGCUACUCACAUCUGUGAAGAUUUGAAAAACAAAAACAUAAGCAAUCCUGACUUAGCUGAAGAUCCUCAGGAAAUUAACAGACUUUUUAAGACAGUGGAGUCAAAGAUCUCUAUGUGCAGAGACUAUAUUUCCAAUGUAAAUACCACCCUACAGAAAGUCCUGUCUUCCUGGAGCAAUUAUACAGAAAACAUCCACUUACUAAAGACGUGGCUGGAAGAAAAACGAAAUGAGCAUCCGAAAGAGAUCCCUGCUGAGAUCCUGGCAAAGUGGAAUUCAGUUCAUGGUUCCUUAAAUGAAGCUGGAAACUAUCUCAUCGAAGUCAGCAAAGAGCAAGUUGGUUCAAAUAUUGCCAAAGAGCUGAAGAAACUGAACAGGAGAUGGGCUAAGUUCAUCAAGAGGACACACUUCCUUGGUGAAGAGAGCACAGAUGCUGCUGAGAAGACCAGGGAGCUUCUGGGGAGCCUGGAGAAAAUCGAAGAGCUCCUUGAAGGGGUGGACAGCUGGGCAACAGAGACUGGACGCCUGCUUAGCGAGAUCAGUCAUGAGGGGCCUGUGGAACCUGAGAUGGAGGAACAUUUGCAGAGCUUGGCUGCAAGGGGAACCUCAUGCCAAGAGCAAGUUGUGGCAGCAGAAGAGAUAUUGCAAUCCCUGACGCAAAAUGUUUCAAGUCAGGUGUCCCAACAGCAUUCUCGCACUACUGGGCUGCAGGCACGAAUUAAAGAAGCCAGAGACAAAAUAGAGGCUGUCAUGGGUGACAUGAACAACAUCUUGUCCAAAUCUGAGAAGAGACCCCCAGAGAAGGAGGCUUUGCUCAAUUUUGAAGAAUCCCAGAAAGAACUUGAGGCCUCCAUUUCAAAGGCUGUGCAACUUGUCAGUCAAAAAUUAAGUCCUGAAGAAUGUAUUUCAAGAUAUGAGGAAGCUUUUAAUGCUCUGGACAAUAAAAUUCUUGACAAAUUUUUGAAAGCAGCUGAACAACUGAAAAAUAUUUCAUCUGAUUGCGAAAAGCUGGUAGUGGAAGAAAAGAGUAAAGAUGUUCGUAAAAGAUGGGAGGCAGUUCAUCAUGAAAUUAUAUCCUAUGUCCAGCUUAUAGUAGAAAGGCAAAAAAAGAAAUUUAAUGCAACUUUUAAAAAAAUCAAUAAGCAAUUAGGCAAAGAGAAGAAACUUCUAAGUAUGGAUGAAACCAAAGGGAUCAUCAAGGAACAUGAGGCCUUUUUUUCACAUGAAGGCAGCCUGAGGGAACUUAGCAAGUCAUUAGAAGACCUUAAAAUAUUGGGAAAACUAUCAGAAGAAACUGUCCCAGGGAUACAGACACUGACUGCAGACUGUGAACAAAAGCUGGAAAAGCUUCAAUCAAUUGUGGCAGAUACUUACACGGCCCUGCUGUCUCAUGCUGGAAGAGGACAGCCAUCUAAGAUAGAGAGCUCCAUUGUUGCUUCUGAGAAUGGAGAAGAGCCCAGUUCUUCUCAACAAAUUGAUAUCCUUUUGGUACAGGAGGUCUCAAGACCUGCUGCAGAUAUAGUUUUGGAACCAGAUGUGAAGCAUCACAAUGGAGAAAGCUGUGCAAAGAAAUUUGACGAAGACAGUGAUUUGACCAUACCAGCUAUAGUAGAGAGCUAUAAUACACAAAGAAGUAACCUGGAGGAACUUUUACAAAUCAGCAGAGAUAAAGUAGCAUCUGGCUUUACUGAUGAAAUAAAAGGCACUUCAUGUCUUCAGAAUAAGCUGCUUGAACUACAGGUGAUAGAGAGUGAAACCAAUGCUGGUUGGACACAAUUGGAAAACAUCUCAUCUACCUUCGAAAAUCUUGUGGAUGAAGUGCAGCAGACUGCUAUCUCUGAGACAAGAAGCAAACUAAAAGGAGAAUGGAAAGAGCUUCAGGAUAUUAUAAGUACCAGAACAAACUCUUUAAGAACUGCUUUGGAAAUUGUUUUGCCAAUAGAAAAUGAAUCCAUUCUUCUGUGUGAAUUAGAUCAGCAACUGAAGAAAAAAGACAUCCAGCAAUUUAAUCUCAUGAAUAGUGAUCUUGCUUAUAGGGAACUAAAGGAGCUACAGAGAUCCAUAUUAAAUCAGAUUGAAGUGUGCAAACAAUUGGAACACCUAGAUAGUUCAGCAAGAGAUGAAUUUAAUCCAAUAGAUCUGCAAGCUGCAAGUAAAAUUAUGAUUUACUAUCAAAACCAGCUUGAAGAAAUGAGCCAUAAAAUGCAGAUCCGUGAGACAGUCCUUAAAGAUCUGGAAGCUUUUAUGGCCUCAUUGAGGAAGAUUCAGUCUUCCAUCAAAUGUCUUGCAGAUCCCCCAGCUGAACCUGAAAUACAGGGAAAAGCAUUGAGAGAGGCUGCACAAAAAGUUUCUCAUAUGACAGAAGAGGCUAAAUGUUUGGAUGAACGCUUGAAAACAGUUGAUAUCUGUUUGGAAGAUGCUGAAUGUGGGAGAAAGACUUGCUGUGAAAACCUUGUUCUGACUUUAUCUGAAGAGCUAAAUGCGACUUAUGAUCCCUCAAGUGAACAGAUGCUUACAGAGGAAAAAGACGUAUACAAGAUUUUUUCCACAAAAAACAGUGAACUCCUUAAAACCAUUCAGGAUCUACGUGACAGAAUUAACAAAAUAGGCUUGAAAGAUCCAACAAUUCCAGCUAUUCAACAAAGGGUAAAAUCAUUAACGGAAUUGGAAAAGGAAUUGGAUUGUGCUGCUGUUGAAAUGAAACCUAUGCGAGAAAUUGCUAAUAAGCUCCCACAGAUCAAAGAGGAAAAAGCAGAGGAAGCAAAUGAACAGUGCAGAGUUACAGAGAGGUUAUGGGAGGAUACAAAACUCUUGCUUGCUGAAUGCCAGGAGCAAUGUGCAAGGGCUCUGGAGCUCCUGAAGCAAUAUCAAAGCUGCAAAACUAGUCUGACCAGCAUCAUCCAGAAACAGGAGAUUGUGCUUUCACAGCAAACUUCUUACAUGGGGAAGGAGAAUUUGAACAGACUGAUAACAAAGAUUGAAGAGGCAAAAGAGGAAUUUAAUGAUCACUCUGAAGAUGUAGACAAAAUAAAUCAGAUCUGCAAAAACCUUCAAUUCCAGCUCAAUAAAAUGAGAAGCUUUGAAGAGCCCCCAUUCGAGAAUGAGGCUAACGUUAUUGUGGACAGAUGGCUGGAUAUCAAUGAAAAGACUGAAAACUACUGUGAUAAUUUGGGAAGAGCUCAGGCUUUGUGGGACAAACUUCUUAGUUUAUCUGGCACAAUUGACGCUUGGGCAAAUGCAGAACUUAAGAAUGCAGAAGACCAUCGUCUGACCGAAGAGGACCUUAUGCAGUUGAAGGCAUGCUUACGAGUCCAGGAGCAGAAACUCCAGAAAUUUGACAACACGGUGGCUGAGAUAGAAGAACUUCUGAAUAGUAAUGAACCUCCACUGGAGUUACAGGUCAUCAGGUCAUCUGUUGUGCAAAAAAUGGAGCUAAUAAAAGAGCUCUUGUCAACAAAGCGGGGGACCAGUGAACUCAGCUUGAAUACAGCAGAACUAAAAGGAGACCUUGAUCUGGCCAAGACACAGAUUGGAAUGACCGAAUCACUUUUAAAAGCUUUAUCUCCUUCUGACACCUUAGAGAUCUUUACUAAAUUAGAGGAGAUACACCAGAAAAUUCUGCAACAAGAACACCAUGUGACACUACUCCAAGAAGAGACAGAUUGUCCUGAUGUGGAUGAAUUAAAUAAGCAGCUUAAAUGUGUCACUGAUUUAUUUAAUAAGAAGAAACAUGUCUUUCAAGACCACUUUAUCGGUGUUUUGAACCGUCAGUGCAAGAAUUUUAAUGACUGGUUCAGCAGCACUCAGCUGUCUUUGAAGGACUGCUUUGACCCCUCAGAAACAAAACCAAUACUGGCAGAAAGACUGCAGAGGCUAAAGUAUUUCCUAACAUCUGAAGGCAAAGACAGAGAUAUCCAAGAGGUUAAAACUUUAUUGAACAAAGUGAAGCAUUACUUGCCCAAAGCAAGCAUUAACCACCUUAACAGCCGUGUGAGAGAUCAAGAAGCAGAACUACAAAGAUUGAUCUCCAAAUGUCAGAAACGGGAAAAGGAACUUGGUGCUUCUCUUCAGCAGCUCAGUAGUCUUGAAGAAAGCAGCACAAUCUUGGAAGAAUGGCUCACUGCUCAGGAAGAAAAACUAAAAGAGAUUAAAAAAGAUGAGACAAAACUUGAGAACUUCUAUAAAACUCUGUUAAUGCAGAGAAAACCAUUUGACUCCAUGGCUCAGCUAGCAAAUUCCUUGAGGGAUGCUGGGCUGACAGAAUAUGAAACCAUUUCAGAAGCCAGUGAUCUUAUUAGUAGAUACCAGACACUGAUAACACAUGUAAGUGAAAUGGCAGGAAAUACUGAGAGACUUCCAGUGGAAGGACAAAAUUUUGAAGAACUUGUCCAGGAUGUUUCUUGCUGCAUCAAAAAGCUUGAGGAGGCUGUUAAUAACCUGAGUUCACAGGAAAGUGAAUUGCCAUCAGAGGAAAGGAUUAAUCAGAUAAAGGAAAUCACAGCUCUCAAAGAUGCAGGAGAGGCCAAAAUACAAAACAUGGUAGCUCUAGGAGAAACUUUAAUGAGAAAUGAAAAAAAUAAGAAGGCAGUGGUUCAGCAGACUAUUUCGGAGCUCCAGAACAAGUGGGAAAGCACCUGUCAGCUAGCCACUGAAUGUAGAAGCCCUAAAGAACAACUUCAAUUGAACAGGGAGCAAUAUGAGCAAAGCAAAGAAGAUCUGAGACUGGCUCUAACUGAACUGGAGAAACAACAACAGGAGAUAGGUUUUGCCCUUCAGCCUGGUUUGCAGGAGAAGCAAGCUCAGCUGACAAACUACGCUGACCUCCUGCAGAAAGCAGAAGACUUAACUUCCCGAUUUAAUAAAUUGAAAAGCCAGGAAGAUCACCUACAGGGUCACAGUGGGGAUCCCUGCUUCACAGAGGUGCAAUGGUUGGAAUUAAAGCACCAACAUGAAAAUCUGCUCAGCCAGCUACAGACCAUAGUGCAGACAUUGGAAAGUCAUGUUCAAGAGCACCAGCAGUUUCAGGAUAUGGUAACAGGUCUGAGCACUGAGCUGAAAACGGUCUCUGAGAAGCUUGCUGAUUGUGAAGGUCCAGCAAUGGAACAACCAUCAGCUGAGCAAAACCAGCUGAAAUCACAGGAACAACAAGGACCUCUUAGUCGAUGCGAAGACAUGUUAAAGGAGAUUUUGGUUUUAGCAGAAACUGUUAAACAAAACACCUCUUCACCAGGACAGAAGUUUAUUAAGGAUGAGAUUGAAACACUUCAGAGUGAACACAGGAGUCUGGAAGAAAGACUUGAAAAUGUCAAGCAAAAGGAGGAAAAUACUUUCAGUGAAGCCCUUGAGUUAAAAGAUGAGUUUGUUAAUGAAAUACAAAUGGAAGACAAGACAGAUACAAUGCUGAAGAGAGAGAUACAGAUCACUUCUGAUACUCCUGUUGCUGCAGAAGAGGGCCCCGCAGCAGUGGAGUUAAAGGAGCCUUUGGAAAUGCAUGAUGGUCAAGAUGUAAAUGGAAAUAUGUCAGAGAAAGAGAACCAAAAUGAUCUGCUUUUGGAGGAAAGCAGUGUGCUGUCAGACAGCCCAUUACAGGAUAUCCGUCACAGCAACGACAGAUUGGGACAGACUGGUCAGGUGCCUGACAGAUAUGUUCUAAUACGUGGAGAGGCUGAUAAAGAGAGCCCAGGUAUGGAGAAACAUGAUAGGGUCCAAGAGGAUGUUCUGGACAAUGCGGUUCAGGGUGGUGAAGCAGAACUGGAAAGGCAUCAGGAUUGUGUUGGUAUUGAAGGUGGUGAAACAAGAAAGGAAACCCAUCCAGCAGAGGAGAAACCUAGUGAUGUCAAGAAUCAGUCCUCUAGAGAAGAUGUGGAGCAGGUUCAACAAAGAGUGUGCCAGAAGAGUCAAGUCCUGAAAUCUCCAGCAGCUGAGAAAGAUGGUCUGGAAUCUAAUCCCCUGGUUUCUGCACAUGAGGACACAGGUGCAGAAGUGGCUGUCCAGAAGGAACUAUUUCCUGGAGUGCAAGUAAACGCUGAAUAUUUUGAACAGGAACAAAAGAUCAAUGAGCUGAAAAAUGAAUUGGCUGAACUGGAUAUCGUGCUUAUAAAUGAACAACUAAAAGAGCUGGAGAAUUUACAAACUGAACUGGAAACAUGGAAAACAAAAUCUUUGUGUCAUAGUCAAGAAGGAUUUCCCAAUGCAACAGGAUCAAACAGAGCAGAGCUGCAAACCACAGAGCCUGCGGUGCCUUGCUGGGACAGGCUGCUUCAAGAACUAGAUGCUGUUAAGGCAGUGAAGCAACAACAGUACUGUUUAAUUAAUGAGUACCAGAAAAAUCUUUCUUCUGUGCAGUCUUCAAUGAAAAAUUUGUCAACAGAAAAAGAUAACAUAAAAAUGGGUCCUGUGAACAACACAGUUCUUCUGGAGAAAAUUAAGGCAUGCAUAGAGUCCUUACGAAAAGAAAGAGAUGUCUUAAACCAGUUGAAAACUCAGCAAGAAAGUUUAUCUCAGCAUUUAACAUGCAUGGAUAAAGUGUUAACUGAAAGCCAAAUGAGGCAACUGGAGCAAUGGUGGCAACACAUGGAACAAACAGUGCAAAAGAAACAUGAUCAAGUUGUGGCAGAAAUAGAUGAAUUUAACCUGCUUAUGAAUAAAGCACAGGAUAUUCAGAGACUGAUACAAGAACAGUAUUUACAAGCAGAGUUACAUUCCUCAGCUGCAGGAAAAGCCAAAUGUCCUGUACUUUGGACCACAGAGCUACAGGACAUUAAACAUGGUCUUUCUCUAUUAAAAAGAAGGAUUGAACUGCAGAUGAAAAGAAUUUGGAGUGAUCAAGAGAAGGUAGCUUUGGAGAACUCUAUACAUGAUUUGCAGAGCAAAUUGGAAGCAUUAUCAGCACAACAAACUCCUCGAGAGGAUGUUCAGAUCACUGGUCCUGCUCUCAUGAAACAUGAAAUGAUGAAGAGGCUGAAAGAAAAUAUUUCAUGGGUCAAAGAUUCACUGUCCUCUCUUGAUCAGAAGGCAGCACUUUUCCCCAGUGAUGUUAAAUCACAGAUCAGAAGUUGUCAGCUUAUGAACACAGAAGUUCUGAACAGAGAGCCUGUGAUUGUAUCACUGGAUUAUGGGCUCCAGCACAUCAUUCCCAACUUGAAGCCAGAGGAUAUCUCUGAUAUGACUUCCCUUUUACAAACAUUGCAGAAUUCAUACAAGGCUCUUGUUUUGAAAUCAUCUCAAAGAUUACAGCACCUAGAGCUCCAGCUGGAGGAGAGGCAAAAACUUAUUGCAGAAGUAGAAAAAGUUCACUGUCAGCUUCGAAAUGCUGAGAUGCUUGCCAGGCCUGACAUGAACCAAACCAGCACAUGGUCAGAAUUAAUCAAUCAACAAGCCAUUUUAAAGGAGAUUUUAAAGGACAUACAGGAAAUAGAAGGGCUUAUCUCAGCCCACUGUAAAGAGAGUCAGGUCACAGCCGGGGAACUGAGCCUGUCUGAACAACUAUUUUUGAUUGAUCAAUUAAGAAGCCUGAAGAAUAGAGCAAGGAAGACACAGAGGCAAAUUCAGAGUAAACUUCAUGAAGUAGAAAAAAAGAUAGCUGUCUACAGAGAGUUUGCUGAAGGAAUAACUUCAUUGCAGCAAGAUCUUAAUGAUCUACAGUAUAGUGAAAUGAACUUGGAAGAAGAUGAAUUAUUAGGUGCCAAGCAGGAAGUGAAGGAUAAAUGCAAAGCACUUAAAGAAAAAGUAUUAGCUUUUCAGUCCAAUUUGUCGCAAAUAAUGAAAUACAAAGAAAUCUUUGAAUAUGUAGGUCUAAAAUGGGACUCACUGCAGCUGGACGAAUUGCAAACUAAUUUUUUUAAAAUUAAAAAUAAAAUUAAAGGGAAGAUAAUACGCUUUGAUAAUGUUGUUAGGGAAUGUGAUAAGAUUCAGGCAUUGCUAAAUGAAAUCCAGACUGUGACAUCCACUGUAAGAAAAGAAGCUAACAUCCUAAAUGAUAGCUCUAGCUCUUCUCCUGCUGAGAAUCUUAUAUCUGCACAGAUUCUGUUUCAGACAGUUCAACAAAUCUUGUACUUAGCCCAGGAGGUAGCAAAUCAAAUAAACAAAAAUGAGGUCCUUGAUACACCAUUCAAAGAAUCUAAGAGGAAAGAAAUGAAAAGCCUGGAGAAAGAUGUUGAGAAAUUGGAUCAGUUUCUUCAGAACUUGGUCUCUGGUCUCCAGGGUGUAAACAAGGAAGAUAUCCAGAAUGAAGUAGAACAUGUAUUCCACAUCAUAAAGCAUAUUCAAUUAGAGCUCCAGCAGCCACUUCUGAUAGACAUAAAAAUAAUGCAGUAUGAAAAGAUACGAUGGGAAGCAAUUCAGAAUAUCAUGCAAGCAAAGUUUUCUGCUAUUAAAUGUAGAAUGGAAAAAGAGAGGGAAAACCAAGAAGAAAAAUCUCUUGCUGCUGAUAUAGAAACAAAAUUAGAGGCACUGCAAGGUCAUGAAAUACAGCUGAAGACAGAUAUUGCUGCCCGUGUUAGUGCUCUGGAGGAGGCAUGUAAGACUGGUGAGCUUUAUACUAAGGCUGUUCAGAGGGCUGCCAGGUUCCUCGAGGACUAUGAAGUUCAAGUCCAGUCUGCCGCAGCAGAGCUCAGUAGCUCAGAGGAGGUCUGUCAAACUCCACAAUGGAAGCAAGAAGAGUUCAACUCUGCAAAGGCUGACAUAGAAAACCUGUGCUCCAAGCUGAAAAACCUAGUGAAACCAGAAGACAAAAUACGUCUGGAAAAUACUUCAACAGAACUAGUCACUAAGGGUUGGGCAUUAAGGGAGAAGGCUCAAAGAAUGGAAGCUGAUGAACUGAGGUAUUUUGAAAAAUACAAAAGCUACACAAAAACCAAAGAUAAGGUGUGUGAUAAUCUUAACAAACUGGAAAAGAUGCUUAGACAGUCUUUGUGUCAAAUACCAAUGUCUUACAAAGAAGCUUUGGAGCACUUAGAAGAAAGCAAGAUUUUAGUCUCCAACAUUGACUUGGCUGAAGAUGAUCUUGUGAAGCUGAGGCAGGUCUCUGGAGAGCUGAUGAGAUUAUGCAGGAGAAGUGACAGGGCACUGGGCAGGAUUGUAACAGUGCUGUGGGAAAAUUGGCUGGGUUUGCUUGAGGCGGCGAAAGGGCUGGAAAUUAACUGUGAAGAGCUAAAGCAGGAAUGGAAAUUCAUCAAUGAAGAGCUGGAACGAGAAACAAUAAUUCUCGAUAAGCUCCAGGAAGAACAGCCAGAAAGUCUUAAAGAGAAAGAAAAGGCUACCAGAGAGGAACUGGUAGAAUUACUAGAUUUUGUGAACUCAUUUGAGGAAAACAUCAACCAGCAACAGCUGCUCUUACUCUUACUUCUUCACCGAAUAAGAAACAUCUUGAAUACAUCUGAAAAUACAGAGGCAGAAGCUGCUCUUCCUGCCUUAUGUGAGAUAAAGGCAAUGCAGGAUCGCUGUAAAAAGUUGUAUGAAAAGACUCAAGACCAUAAGGAUUCUGUACAAGCUGAGAUUCAAGAGAGGAACAAGAUCACUGAAGAAAUAAGUGCUGUGACAAAUGCAUUACAGAAUGCUGCAUCUGUUUUAUUACAAGAUGCUACUAGAAAGGCAGGACAACUGGAGGAGAUUCAGAGUGUGAUUGGUAAACAAAGCCAGACUCUAAAGGAUAUCAUGGAGAAACUCCGGAUCAAGUAUUCUGAAAUGUAUACAAUAGUCCCUGCAGAGAUUGAAACACAGUUGGAGGACUGCAAGAAAGUAUUGCAAGACCUAGAAGACAAGGUUAGCUUUGAAAUCUUGCAGAGCUCUCCUCAGUAUGUGCUGAAAAGAAAAGCAGAAACUAUUAAUAAUGGCCUUCAAGCUAUUGAAAAGAUGUUACAACAGAAGAGUGAAAACAUUGCAAAAGCCAAAGAAGUUCAGAAGCAAAUCUGGGAUAUGCUGGACCUUUGGCAUUACAAACUCAAUGAACUGGAUGCAGAAGUGCAUGAUAUAGUAGAGCAGGAUUCCUGCCAUGCACAGGAGUUGAUGGAUAUCUUAGUGACCCCCCUUCAGCAGUACCAACAGGUCUCACAACUUGCUGAGCGCAGAACUGCCAUUUUAAACAAGGCUGCCAACAAGAUGGAAGAAUACAAUGAACUCUUGAAGAAUGUGAAAGAUUGGAUAGAAAACACCAACUGCUUGCUAAGAGCAGAUGCUCAAAAUGACUCUGCAAAAAGCUUACGCAAACAUACUGAUGACCUUCAGAUGGCUUUGGAAGACUCAGAGCAAAAGCAAAAUCUUCUACACAGUGUUUACUUGGAGCUGGAAGAGCUAACACCAGUCUUUCAAACAGACACUGUAAUGCAACAGCUAAAUGAAAUAGAUGAUCAAGUAGCAACUUUACAGCAUGAGAUAGCAGAGAUUCUUCCACAGAUCCAGCAUGUGGCUGAUGAAUUGGAUGCCAUUGAAUCUCACGUGAAAGCGUUUGAGAAGGACAUUGCCAAAAUGAAGACAAUCCUGUCAUCAGAAGAUCUGUUAGAAUUUUCUCCUCAAGACCAACUUAAACAUGGACAGGUAAUACUUGACCAUGUUGGUCCCAUGCAGAAGACCAUUGUUCAUAUACAGUCCUACGAGGAAGCACUUCAGUUACCAGGGGUGAAAACGCAACCUUUCUCAGUCUUCCAAAGAGCAAGACAACUCUUGAGAGAAUUGAAGAAAUUAGAAAAAAUUACUAAGGAACAAAAUGACCUACUGGAGGAAGCUGUAAAGAAAACAGAAGAAUGUGAGCAAGAAAUUGAAAAAUUGAAACAAUUCUUAAAGAACCACUUGGUUGAAAUAUCACAUGAAGAUCAACCACUGGCUCAGAAGACUCGUUGUCCAGAGGGAGAAAUGGAAGCUGUAAAAGAAGAAAUCAUAAAGCUGUGCCAAAGAAAGGAAGAUAUCCUUACCGGGAUGAAGAAUUCAAUGUCUGAGCUUCACCAGCACUUACAGCAGGAAGUGCCUGAGUCAGGAGAUGAACCCACAGCCUCUGGAUUAGCACAAAGUGACUUGAUUGGGACUGAUGUUUCUGGUCAGCAGUUGAAAAAAAGAGGAAUGAUGUCUCUUCUACCUUCCUUAGAUGAAGAAUCAGAAGACUGUUCUUUCCACAGCAAGGGAAGUACAGUCACAGAGAAAGACGCAAGGUUUUGGCCUUCAGAAAGAGAUGAUGAAAGGCACAACGAAGACAGUGCAACCUCCUGGUCUUCUGGUACCUUGUCGGAUGGCAUCGUUCAGGGUGCUGAUGAGAUAAUGGAAUCGCACAGUAAACAUGGUGAGGAAACAUCUAUGCAAACUUUGCAGAACACUGAAGGCCCUGGCACAGGUGAUGGCAGUCAGGCUAUGAGCAACAAGCCGUCUCCCGUCCCCAACGCCACCCAGGGCUCUCAAGUGAAAGCGGGACAUUUGGAGGAAGUGGUGGAUGGCGGUAGGCCUGAGCCGGAAACGAUCCUCCAGGUGUGCCAGGCCCAGGUUGCCGAGCUGGAACAAUGGCUAGACAAAACUAAAAUGUCCUUGAGCUCAGACCCCCAGACCCCCAAAAUGCAGCAGAUGGUGGAACCACAGCUUGCUGAUUGCCAGGCAAGGUUAUUAGAGAUUGAACAAAAGGUCCUUUAUUUACUGGAAGAUUGUGGAGAUAGUGCAGACUACCUACAAGAGACUGAGGCUCUUUCCUUGAGGCUGAAGGAAGUGAAAUGCAAUUUGGAAGAAGUCCAGAUGAUGCUUCAAGACAAAUACAAUGAAGAGCAGAUUCACAACAGGGAGGGGAUCGACCCAGAGCCCCUUGAGAUCCUACACUCAAAUAGCUCCAGCAUGCCCCAGCUUGCCCGUGCUGAACAGCCGCUCAUCUGGCACAAUGGUUUCCAGCACCGACAGGACCUGAAAGUAAAAGCAGCCGAGCAGAAAAGCCUCAUUGACUUCAUUGAGUCGUGUGUGGAAAAGAUGCAGCCACAGUUUGAGGACAGCAUAACUCAGAAAUUAGAAUCAAGCAAUAGCGAAUCUGAUCCAAAAAGCAAGCAGGCUGAUUCGACCCUAGCUCCAAAGGACCAAACGGGAAAUAAAUGGCAAUAUUUACAGCAAGAGCUGUCAUCAAAAAUGAAGUCUCCCCUCUGCCAGCUUGUGGAACCUCAGAUUACAACAAAGAUGAACAUGCUGCCCCGAGGCACAUUCGCUAGUGCAGGAACCCCAACUGUGGAAGAACUGAAAACUUACACUGUCCAACUGGGACACCUAAGCCAAGAAGCAAAUGUGGUACAUACGCAGGAUAAUGUGGCAGAGGAAGUCUCUUCCAAUUUGGACAGAAAAUUGUUUGAGCUGCUUCUGGCAAUUAGCCGAUGUUUGAAUAACAUGGAGGAAAUGUUAAACACCUCAGUGCUCUCCACCGAAGAGGCAGCCGUGCAGCAGGCUCUUUAUGAGACUCUUUCUGUUGAGCUGCAAAAACUUCAUGCUGAUCUGAGUGAUAAAAAGGAUGAUCUUCUAAAGUCUAUUAGUUGUGCUGGUGGGAGCACAGAUGUGUUCUGUGAGUGCUUUAACAACUUGCAGGCACGGCUGGAGCAAACUCAAGCUGCCACUGCUUCAAGGAGCAACUCAAUGAAAGCUGGGCUGGAUCAUAAUAGCAAUUAUCAGAAUGAAACCAGGCUGCUCUAUGAUCAGUUAACUGAGAAAAAAGCUACUCUGCAACAAUGCUUGAAUGCAAUACGUGGACAUAAUGUUUCCGAACAGCUUCAGAAAACUGAUGCCUGUGCUUUGGAGCUGCAAAACUUUGAAAUCCAAGUAGCAAAAUUGAGAGGCCAUGGGGAAAGAUUUCAGUUACCUAUCACCUUAAUCCAGGAAGCUUAUAAAUUAGAGGAUGUUUUGGAUGACAUGUGGGGGAUUCUGAAAGCAAAGUAUGUGGAGCUGAACUCUCCUUCUGUCAGUGAGAGCCAGUAUGAGGACUUACUUCAUGGAUUUGCAGAGCUGGUAGCUAUUGGACGAGAGAAGAUUGCACAAGAUCCAAAGCAGCUAACAAAAAGCAGAGCAGCUCUACAGUCUCACUUGGAAAAUCAUAAGGACUUUUUCCACAACCUCAUGACCCAUAUGGCUUUCAUGCAAGCAUUUUCCAAGAAAGUGACUCCUUCCAUCCUACAAAAGAGAGAGGAAUUCUGGAGAGAGCUGGUGAAUGAAGUCAAGUUGCUGGAGCAGAAGGCUUGCCAGUAUGGUAUACACUUAGAGAGCCUGUUAAAGGAAUGGAUGGAAUUUGAUGAUGAAUGCCUCGUUUUCAAUAAGGAGUUAGAGGUGCUUGCCUCUACGUUGCCCACUGUGAAUUUGGUUGAAGAAACAGAAGAAAGAUUAAUGGAAAGGAUUGCACUUCUAGAGCAAAUCAAAAGCAGUGUUGAUGAAAAGCAUGCCAGGCUGUACCAGAUGGUGAAAGAAGGGAAGAAAUUGCUGACUGCUGUGAGCUGUCCAGAAAUAAGAAGCCAGAUUGGGAAGCUGGAAGAGCAGUGGUUGUCUUUAACCAAAAAAGUUGGCCAUGAACUACACCGACUUCAGACGUUACUCAAACUCUUGGUCAGCUACAACAGAGACUCAGAGGAAUUAAUGAAAUGGCUGGAUUCUGCUCAGCAGAGAAUGAAUUUUUGGAAGGAGCAGUCUCUCAACGUGUCACAAGAUCUUCCCACCAUCAGGGAUAACAUCAACAGCUUGUUUACAUUCUCUAAGGAAGUUGAUGAAAAAUCUUCCCUGAAGUCAUCUGUGGUGAGCACUGCCAACCAGCUUUUUCAUGUGAAGCAAGCUGAUACUGCAGCACUUAGGUCAUCUUUGGCAAAGUUUGAGCAAAAAUGGGGAGAACUGAUUACACAGCUCCCAGCCAUCCAAGAAAAGCUUCACCAGCUUCAGAUGGAAAAACUUUCAUCACGGGAAGCUAUUGCUGAACUAAUGACCUGGCUGGACCAUGUGGAACAACAGCAGGGGCAUGAGGAGCCAAUAAAUUCACAAUGUAGUGCUGCCCAAGUCAGAAGCCUUCUUCAGAAGUACAAGGAAUAUAUGAUGGAAAUGAACUUUAAGCAGUGGAUGGUAGAUUUUGUUAACCAGUCACUCUUGCAGAUGAGCACUUGUGAUGUGGAAAGCAAGCGGUAUGAAAGGACAGAAUUUGCUGAGUGUCUUGGAGAGAUGAACCUGAGGUGGCACAGGCUGCAGGCGUUUCUGAACAGAAAGAUACAAGACCUGGAACACAUUUUGGAGGAUAUUACUGAAAAUGAGAACAAAGCACAGACUCUACGCAACUGGCUGGAAGCUCAGAGUGAUCGACUGAGAUCUUUACAAACCCCAGCAAGUCUGAUCUCUGCACAGAACACAUUAGAUGAUUGCAAGGAGCUAGAAAAUCAACUCACAACUAAAUCCAGAACUCUUGAUGAGCUCAAACAGAGUUUGGCUUCAAAUGGUGGGGCAGAACAAACCCCAGAAGCUCUGUCUCUCAGGAUAGCUGAGGUCUGUGAAAUGGUGGACAGCAUUGUAAGCCAGGUUGCACAGUUAAAGACCUCAAUGCAGUCAAUACUGGAGCAGUGGAGAGUAUACGAUGAAAUUUAUGCAGAAGUCAGCCUGAUGACAACAAGAUAUUUGUACUGCAUAAACCAGUGCAAACCUUCUGUGGUGUCAUUGGAAGCUUUGAAAAACCAGGUCAAAACUCUCCAGUCUCUUCAAGAUGAAUCGGAGAACAGUGAAGAAAGUUGGGCCAAGCUCCAGGCUGCUGCCAGUAACCUGAAGAAGAACUGCUCCCCCUCCUUUGCAGAGAUUAUAGAACAGAAGUGCAUGGAGGCACGCACUAAGUGGAACUCAGUAAAUGAAGACAUCACAGAUCAACUGCGGGCAGUGCAAGCAACCCUGCAGCUUUGGGAGCCCUUUGAUACUUUAUGCACUGAGGCAGCAGCCAAGUUACACCAGCACAAAGAGCAGUGCACUCAGCUCUUGGAUGCUCAAAUGCCUGAGGAUAAUAUGAUAGAGACCCUGAAGCAGAGGAUACAGGAUAUAAAGAAUUUACAGCAUGGCCUUCAAAACAUAGCAGCAUGCCGUACCCAGAUUUCUUUGCUGGCUGAUAGGAUAAAACAGCAGGCUGGAACAGCUGCACAAGCCAUUCUGUUGGAGAAGCUGCAGCCACUCCAGAGAGCAUCCUAUUUGGAAAAAAUGUUGCAGAGGAAGUUAGAUGAAUUUGAGUUCAAUCUUUCACAACUGGAGGAUUUCAAGAAUUGCCUUGAAACGCUGGAGGGUCACGUCCAGAAUUGCACAGAUGCCUUCGAUAGCCUCUGUCUAGAGGGAGAAACAGACAACUCAGAAUUGCUCAUGAAUCACACGCUGGAGCUUGCUGCACUUUCUCCAAGCAUAGAGAGUUUGAACGAAGCAAGCAUUAAGCUGCCACUCAGUGACUUCACCCUGAAGAAAAUGCAAAGUCUGACUCGGCAAUGGAAUCAGAAGACAGCAGCUGCUCUGGAACGCUGCAGUAUGCUUGAGGGAACUCAAAAUGAUGAUAAGAAAUUCUUUCAAAAAUGUGAAAACUGGAUGAAAUUCCUAGAAAAAAUGAGAGAGGCCUUAAAAACAAAUAUUCCAGGAUGGUUUGAAGAACUGCAGGAGCAACAGAGAGUAUAUGAGAUGCUGCAAACUGAGAUUUCCAUAAAUCAGCAGACAUUUAAUUCCAUCAUAGCAAAAGUUCUACUCUCCUUGGAAUGCGGAGAAGCAGAGAAAAGAACGGAGUUUAUUUCCAAGCUCACAUUGCUGAAAGAGCAGUGGCAGAAUGUUAUCUGGAUGGUUCAGCAGAGGAAGAAGGAUAUCGAUGGACUCGUGAGCCAGUGGCAGCUCUUCAGGAGUUCCCUGCGGAGUCUCAGCAGAUUUCUUGCUGAUAUAAACAGUUUCCUCAUAGCUGUGAAGAGCCAGGACUGCUAUAGCCUUUACCAGCUUAGAAAUCUAAUUCAUGAUUUCAAGAGUAAGGCAGUGAUUCUUCAGAGGUGGCAAGCCAUGUACUCCUUAAUCAUCGAUGUCGGGGAGAAGUUGCGUACUGUCUCCGAUACCGAGACCAGCGCUGUUCUCCAGGAGGAGCUCAGCCAGUUACAGCAGAGUUGGGGGGACACCCAGGUCCAGCUGGAGAAGAAGAAGAUGCAGCUCAGUAGCACCCUACAGACUUGGGACUGCUGUGAAAAGCAAACCAAGGAACUGGAAAGCAGGCUGGGAGAGCUGAAGGAGAAAGUAAAAGAUCCCCUUCCUCUUGAACAUGAAGAGCUCUACAAAGCCAAGGAACACAUUAAGGAGCUGGAGCAGUCGCUGGCAGACUGGGCCCACGACAUGAAGGAGCUGCGGGCCAUGAAGGUGGAGCUGGCUCACUGCAUCCUCACCGAGGACAUGAUGGUGCUCAAGGAGCAAGUUGAACAUUUGCACAGGCAGUGGGAAGAGCUCUGCUUGCGAGUGUCUCUGCAUAAGCAGGAGAUCGAGGACAGGCUCAAUGCCUGGAUUGUGUUCAAUGAAAAGAAUAAGGAGCUGUGCUCCUGGCUGGUACAAAUGGAAAGCAAAGUGUUGCAGACUGCAGAUGUUAGCAUUGAAGACAUGAUAGACAAAUUGCAGAAGGAUUGCAUGGAAGAAAUAAACCUGUUCAGUGAAAAUAAGCUUCACUUGAAACAAAUGGGUGAUCAGCUAAUCAAGGCUAGCAACAAGAGCCGAGUUGCAGAAAUAGAUGAUAAACUCAACAAAAUCAAUGAUCGCUGGCAGCAUCUCUUCGAUGUCAUUGGAGCACGGGUGAAGAAACUGAAGGAAACAUUUGCUUUUAUACAACUAUUGGACAAAAACAUGAGUAACCUUCGCACCUGGUUGGCCCGGAUUGAGUCUGAGCUUUCCAAGCCUGUUGUUUAUGACAUCUGUGAUGACCAAGAAAUCCAGAAGAGACUGGCAGAACAGCAGGAUCUGCAACGAGACAUAGAGCAACACACUGCAGGGGUGGAAUCUGUCUUUAAUAUUUGUGAAGUCCUGCUACACGAUUCAGAUGCGUGUGCUAAUGAGACAGAGUGUGACUCCAUCCAGCAGACUACCAGGAGUUUGGACAGACGGUGGAGAAACAUUUGCGCCAUGUCUAUGGAAAGGCGAAUGAAAAUUGAGGAGACCUGGCGCCUAUGGCAGAGGUUUUUGGACGACUACUCUCGCUUUGAAGAUUGGCUAAAAUCAUCUGAAAGGACAGCUGCUAAGCCUAAUUCUUCAGAGGUUUUGUACACACAUGCAAAGGAGGAGCUGAAGAAAUUUGAGGCAUUCCAACGGCAAAUUCAUGAACGACUCACUCAGUUGGAGCUGAUCAAUAAGCAGUACAGGCGCCUUGCCCGCGAGAACCGCACCGACUCGGCCAGCAAGUUGAAGCAGAUGGUACAUGAAGGCAACCAGCGCUGGGAUAAUCUCCAGAAACGAGUCGCUGCCAUUCUGAGGAGACUCAAGCACUUCACCAAUCGGAGAGAUGAGUUUGAGGGGACGAGGGAAAGCAUCCUUGUUUGGCUCACAGAAAUGGACCUACAGCUGACAAACGUGGAGCACUUCUCAAAAAGUAACUUUGAUGACAAAAUGCGCCAGUUAAAUGGUUUCCAGCAGGAAAUAACGCUAAACACCAAUAAGAUUGAUCAGCUAAUCGUUUUUGGGGAGCAGUUGAUUCAGAAGAGUGAGCCUUUGGAUGCUACCCUGAUUGAAGAUGAAUUGGAAGAACUUCAUCGAUACUGUCAGGAAGUGUUUGGGCGAGUUGCCCGGUUCCAUCAAAGACUGACCUCAAGGCAUCCUGGAUUGGACGAUGAAAAAGAGACCUCUGAAAAUGAGACAGAUCCAGAAGACUCCAGAGAAAUCCAGAAUGAUCCCUGGCAUAAGAAAGCUAUCAGUGAGGGGCCCUCUUCGACACAGUCCCUUUGCCACCUUAUGCCCCCUACUCAAGGUCAUGAAAGAUCAGGCUGUGAAACCCCUGUCAGUGUUGACUCCAUCCCACUAGAGUGGGAUCACACAGGUGAUGUGGGAGGUUCUUCCUCUCACGAAGACGAAGAAGAAGCAACAUACUACAGUGCUCUGUCAGAUGUAGAAAUCACUGAAAAUCCUGAGGCAUAUCUUAAAAUGACCACAAAAACUUUGAAAGCAUCUUCUGGAAAGCCUGUCUCAGAAGCUCAUACUUGGCAUUCUCCAGAUAGCCCAGUCUGCAGGAAACACCGAUACAACCAGGCAGAGAUGGUUGGAAAUGCGUUGUCUGGUCCAGAGACAAGUACUCCGUAUAAACCAGACUAUGUGAAGCAGCUCAGCUCUGCAAGCACCAGCAGCAUCAACAAGGAGAAAAUUACAUCCGCUAACAUGAGCGAUGAAGAACCCCAAGACGACCAAGAGCUUGUGAAUAUAGCAGCUGCAGAGAAGCAGUCAGGCAUUAUUGAUAGGUGGGAGCUCAUCCAAGCUCAAGACCUCAGAAAUAAACUUAGGAUGAAACAGAAAUUGCAGCAGUGGCAGCAGCUGAACUCAGAUCUCAGUGAUGUCUCUGCUUGGCUUGAUAAAACUGAGGAAGAGCUGGAAGAGCUGCAAAAAGUGAAACCUCCAACCACUGUGCAGGCAUUGGAACAAAGAGUCAAGAAAUUGAAAGACAUGCUUAAAGCAUUUGAUAACUACAAGGCAGUGGUGCUUUCUGUUAACCUGAGCAGCAAAGAAUUCCAGAAAGCGGAUAGCGCAGAGUUCAAAGAGCUUCAGAACAGGCUUCGGAAGGUGAACUUGCAUUGGGAGAAAGCAACUCACGCAUUGGACAACUGGAGGAAAGGUUUACAACAAGCCCUACUGCAUUGCCAGGACUUCCAUGAUCAGAGCCAAAAACUAAUCCUGUGGUUAGCAAGUGCUGAUAGCCGAAGGAAUGAAGGACAAAUCACAGAUCCAAAUGCUGACCUCAAUACAAUACUGGAAUGCCAAAAGGAGCUAAUGCAACUGGAGAAAGAGCUGCUGGAACAACAGCUUAAAGUAAACUCGCUUCAAGAACUCACUGCUUACCUGCUGCUUAAAUCAGAUGGGGAUUACGUUGAAGCUGAUGAGAAGGUCCAUGUAAUUGGAAAGAAACUGAAACAGCUUAUUGAACAAGUUUCAAAUGACUUAAAAACAAUACAAGGAAAUCUGGAUACCAAAACAUUCCUGCUAGUUCCAGAUGACUUGGACUCAGGAGAUUAUAAUCCAGUCGCAGCAAAAUCCAGCCCUGCUGUGAAGAAGAUCACCAUAAGGAGAACUGCAGAUGGCAGAAACAACAGCAGCACAAGAGGUGAAAGCCAUCUACAGCCUAUUCAAGCAGUUCCUCGGUCUCCCUCCUUCUUUUACCGUGUAUUACGAGCAGCUUUACCUCUUCAGUUGUUCUUUCUACUGCUUCUACUUCUGGCUUGCAUGAUUCCAUCUUCUGAGGAAGACUACAGCUGCACCCAGGCAAACAACUUCGCCCGUUCUUUCUAUCCCAUGCUGCGAUACACCAAUGGGCCUCCACCAACUUAGAAAGCAGCCCGUGAAUCUUCAGUUACACCAAAACACACUCUCUGCGGUGCUUUUUUCAUGCUGCUAGCAUCAAUCAAGCAGUGGCGUCGCAUAAUUAAAUACAGAAACUUUUGUGUUAGUUCCCCAAACUAGCCACUACAGUACCCUUGCAUCCUACAUACUGCUGCGCAGGUUGCUGCUGCAGCUAAAUAAUGCCUCACGUUUAUAGCCUCCUUUCCCUGUCGCAGGGACUGUGUUAAAUUUCACCUCUCAAAUGUAUAUCUUGACAAAAUUUCAGCAUUUUUGUACGGAAAACAAACUUUUUCUAUAGAUUUUUAAACUGUAAUCAACACACUUUAUACUUUGAUGCAAUAGAUACACUAUUUUAUAGGUGCAGUGCUUUUAAGCUUGCCAGGUGAUUGAAUACUGAGUUACUAGAUGCAGAAACUACAUCACAGUAAUCUUAAACACAGCAGUCUGUCUCGGGUUAGCAUGACAAACAAACAAGCAUUUGAAGAGGCACUUUGCCUAAAAUGAUUACUGCACACACUUCACGUUACCUGUAUCUUUUGGUACUGUAGUCACUGGUGGAAACAAAAAAAUCGACAUCUUUGUUAUUGUGUUUUAUUCAUCUAACGCAUUCAAUAAAAGGAUGGUCAUGUGUUCUGUUUUACAUAUAGUGUUCUAGUGGUUAGGACUGCUGUGUUGUCUUUUUAUACCACCUUUGAAAUCAGAAAUUGUUGCAUUGCGUGGAAAUGGUUUAUAAUGCACAUAUUUUCUAGAUGAACAUGAUUAUGUAGACUGUCCCUGAUGUAUACAAAUAAUGUAAUGACUUUUUUAAUGAAAGAUUUUUUCAGUUUUUAACCUGCUCAAUAGUGUACAGUAUCUUGGGAGAGAAUUGUGCGUUUUUAUAAGCUUCAUCUUUAAAAUGAAACUGACACUUGGGCAGUGGCUAGAGAAACACUGUGUACAGUCAGCAUUGCCAUUGCUUCUCGGUUGUACAGUUCAAGUGUUGUCAUUAAAAUUUUGCCAAUGA